CUGGCCCUACUAAACUAUCUGAAAACUGAUCAACUGGUUCGGAUGUUGACUCGUCACCGCAUAAGGCUUCUCAGCUGAUCAGUCUGCUUCAAUCCUCCAACAAUGCAAAACUCUAAACCUCUCAAGAUCACGAAGCGCAGGGCCGGGCCCAUGAAAACAGCGCAGCCGAGCACGGCAUCUUCUCCUUUGGCGCCGGCCAUGAGCGGGUUAACACCUGAUCAGCCACUUCGACGGGCCUCAUUCAAUGUUAUCUCUGGAGAUCAAUCCGCAGGACAUAGCUGGACUCCAGCUUCGGCUGAGCGUGAUGAAUCCGAGAUGGACACCCCGUCGAAGAAAAUCGUCCCCAGAAUCAGGUCGACAUCUGCAACGUCGUUGAAAUCGGCAAAAUCUCCCCGGUCUGAGAAAUCCGACAGCCUUAGGCAUACCUUUGGCGACCUUAGCGACAUGACACAGGCUAGACCGUCUUUUCACAUUUCUCACACCUCCCCAAAGCUACUCUCUGAAACUGUAAGACGGGAACAACGGCCUAUCGUACGGGAUCGGAGUGUCAGUGAGCCACCUUCAACGCAAGCGAAGAAACUCAACGGGCCCCAAAUUGACCGCAAAAUUGAGUUCAUGAUCAAGGCCGGCCCCAAGACAAAGUCUUCGGGCUCCCUUUAUGUUUAUGUCACCAAGACACACGAAUGCAGCCGACACCUACUCAAAUUCGGUAUCACCAAAUACCUCCCAGAAAAGCGUGGUAAAGGCAUUCAAUACCGGUGCAAACACCCAGAGUUUUUUGAACACGAAGAAGCGACGGCAACGGAGUUCUCCUGGAAUAAUAUCGCCGAGAAGUUGGUCCAUGCCGAGUUGGCCAACUUUCGUCGAUUAUGGACCUGCGGCUGCGGAACGAAGCACAGGGAAUACUUUGACGUGAGCGAUGAAAUUGCCUUGGAGGUUUGGAGCAGAUGGAGAGACUUUUGUGCACAGGAGCCGUGGGAUUCUCAAGGCAGACUGUUGCCAAUGUGGGAACACAGACUGCGGCAUAGAGUUCGGUUCAACGAUGCUAAACGAGAUUUCGACCAUGGCGAGCUCGCCAGGCACUGGCGAACGUGUGUAUUGCCGAGUUCACUAGAACUUUGUGUCAACGACACUCGGGUUCUCUGGAAUCAUAUCUACCCCAGUCGUUGGCUUUUUGCUGCUGUAGCAGAGGCACUCACGAUGGUUUUCAUCUGGCCGACUUCCUUCUGGACAUCGAUGUGGUGGAAGGUGGUUCUCAUGCUGGCUGUGUUGGAGCUUUGUUGCCUCGAUGGCAUGUACAUGAAGGAGUCUGUCUCCAGGCUGCUGAGCGGAAGUCUCCAACGCCUCAAGCUGUGGCAGUCAUCGGGCUCGUUAGAUCAUCGACCAAACCUAGACGCCAAAGGGCCCUCGCCAGUCGUCUCUUCUGAACAGCACGUUCAAAAUGAACUUCCGGAAGAUCCCGAUACGGAGAUGAUGGAGGACGCUCCCAAUCCCGAGGACGACGAUAUGGUCAACGAAGAAGAUAUUGAGUUUGACUCUGACAGCAGCAGUGAUGAUGACGAUGAAAACAUGGACGAGGAUGCCUCUCCUGGUGAAAGUCCCCAGACAACCUCUACCAAGUCAACACCGAGCGGAACCAAACCAAGACGAGUGGAAUGAGGCGAAGACUUCUUUCCGGCCAAUAGAAAUAGUGUGCGAAACGCCAUAGUAAUUGACAGACUCAUUCCUAG